AUGAUGAUAUUCAUACUUUUUGUCCCUGCAAUAGCAGACUAUUUAUAUUGAGAUGACCAAGUUGAUGAAAAAUAUUACGAUUGAAGCUCACUUCAGAGACCAGAUGAGUAAUCCCUAUUUAGCCUUCCUUAUACUUAUUAUACAGAUGAUUAUGAAAUCUUAUAUAACUUUGGAACAGACAUAGAUCUCCCUUGCAAUGGAAAAAAAGGAUCAGCAAUCCGCAGAUCAUUUACAAGUGACGAAUGCGUGAUAUUGGGAAAUCAUGAAUUUAGUGCCUACAAAUCUUUUGAGUUUGCUGGAUCAGAGAAAAAAGGAAUUAAAAUUAUGUAUUUAGAAGGAGAUAAAUGCAAGAAAAAUGAUUUUGGGAAUAGGAUAAUCACUUUUCAGCUUGUGUGUAGCGAUAUUGAGUCAGAUUUUCAGCUUUUGAAUGAUAUAAAUGAUUGCAAUUUGGUUUUAGAAAAAUAUACAUAUUUAGGAUGUGAGGAAGACACUCGGAAUCAGUGGAUCGCAAAUUGUAUUUUUACGUAAAGUAUACUUAUUUCCCCUAGAUGGCUCAUUUUAUUUUUUAAAAAAAUUUUUGUGAUAAAAAUUAAUAGAGAUUCCAUUAUUAUUAUUUAAAAAAAAAUUCCAAUGAUUUUUAUAGAGGGGAAAUUAGAGCCUCAGCGGUUUUAUAGCCCAUUCCCGGCUAUAGAUCGGGCUUAGCCCGAUCUUUGCCGGGAAACUCGGGGGGUUGUCUCUGUCACUUUGAGGUGACGAGUCAACUCCCCAAGUUGGCAAAUCACCAUAUAGCGGCUAUUUGCCAACUCGGGGAGUUGACUCGUCACCUCAAAGUGACGGAGACAACCCCCCGAGUUUCCCGGCAAAGAUCGGGCUAAGCCCGAUCUAUAGCCAGGAACGGGCUAUAUUACUUGUUUGUAUAGCUGCUUGCUUAAGUGACAAAGAAAAUGAAAUUGAGGUUGAAUCAAAUAUUCCAGUAUGGAGAGAAAUGAAGACUGUAAUUAGAAGAAGCAAAAUCUUUGUAAAAAUUAUCAUAGGCCUCAAAUAAUAAGCUGUCCUAGAUUAUGCUGUUCAAAAAUUUUUUUGGGGUAAAUUUUAGACUUAAAUUAAUUCAAUAUAGAAUAUAUCGAAACUCAAAAACUCUGAGUAUGAGAACGUUUAA